UUCCUCUACAGCAGCUUACAGCGUACUUCCCCUCUGACGUCUCAUCUGCUGGCAGGUGUUCAGAUAUGUGCUGCAUGUGCUUGUGAGUUUCAGAGUCCAGAUCACUUCUGCAGUGGAGCACCAGGAAGCAGGGCACAGACAUGAAGGAGAGGAGCGGGGUUUUCCUGGCGCUGCUGGUGGGGAUGGGCGCGCUGCUCCUACUCGGCACGGCCGGUCUGGCGUUCCUGCUGCUUCGGCAGAGAGAGCUGACGGACGAGCUGCUCAGGUUGGACGGCCAGGUGCGGGCGCUGUCGCGGACCUGCAGGCUGCAGGCGGGGAUCCUGCCCGUGGACCCCGCAGGGGCUGGAGAGCUGAAGCAGCUCCACCGCAGCAGGAGACACCAGGAGACACCAACACAGAGCCAAGACGAGAAGGAUAUGCUGAUGCUGAUGACAUACUCCAUGGUUCCUGUCAAAGCCUUCAUAGAUCUGUGCAACAGCUCCAGAGGAAUUUGCUUAACAGGCCCACCUGGACCACCAGGUUUGCCUGGUAGAGCUGGUUCACCAGGACCGCAGGGUGUGCCCGGGCCGGAGGGGAGACGAGGAAGAAGAGGGCCCCCUGGUGAAAAAGGAGAACCAGGACCUAAAGGAGACCCUGGUCCAUCGCGACUGGAAGGUGAAACCUACAACGACGUCCUCAUUGAGGGUCCUCCUGGUCCAAGGGGUCCACCAGGCCCACCUGGCCCACCCGGUCCACCCUGUCCUGCUUGGUAUUGUAAUAAAGUGAGAAACAAGACCGUCAGAGAACACAUCCAUCAAACCAGCGUGCUGACUGAUUCAUCUCCUGUUCUGACCAGUGAGGUGUUCAAUGAAACCGACACAGAAAACGUCAGCAGCUCCACAAUGAACAAGACUGAAUCACCAACACCACCUCCUGCCGAUGAUAGCACAGAUGUAUUGACUGUUACUGACUCUGAAAAGCUUCUAGAGACAAGUGUGGAGUCUGAGUCAGUGUCACUUCCUCCAGCGUACAGCCAUGAAACCUUGAAUGAUACCAAGACAGGGAAUGUUACAGAGGCACCAAAUAAAUUACUGCCAGCCCUGAUUCUUCCAGAACUGACUCAUGACAGUGACACCUCUAAUGGCAGCGAAAACGUUACAAUUACUAUGGAAAAUGAGUUAGUAUCACCUCGUCCAGACUACACACAUGACUCGUGGCCUGAAACCAGCAGAGAGAGUGUGACAGAGGCACCAAUUCACUCAUUAACAGUGUUACCAACAUCAUCUCCAGCUCAUGAAGCCAGAGGUGUUUUUAACGUUACUGAUGCUGAGAAACUUCAAGACACAGAUAAGAAGUCUGAGUCAGUCUCAUUUCAUAAAAACUUCAGCCAGGAUGCCUUGAAUGACUCCGACACAGAGAGUGUGACAGACGGACCAGUUCACUCAUUAACAGUGUUACCAACAUCACCUCCAGCUCAUGAAGCCAGAGAUGUUUUUAAUGUUAGUGACGCUGAGAAACUUCAAGACACAGAUAAGAAGUCUGUGUUACCAACAUCACCUCCAGCUCAUGAAGCCAGAGGUGUUUUUAACGUUACUGAUGCUGAGAAAGUUCAAGACACAGAUAAGAAGUCUGACUCAAUAUCAUUUCACAAAGACUUGAACCACGACGCCUUGAAUGACUCCAACACAGAGAAUGUUACAGACAGACCAAUUAACUCAUUAAUAGACCAACACAAUGAUGCCUUCAAUGACAGUGGAACCAUUAUUGAUGCACACAUGAAAAGUGACUCGGCGUAUUCACCCCAGAACAACAACAGUUUGACUAGCAACGGCAGAUGGACAAAAACUGAAUCAUCAACACCACCUCCAGCCGAUUACAGCAUAAAUCUCUUGAAUGUUACUGACACUAAGAAACUUUUAGACACAAGUGUGGAGUCUGAGUCAGUAUCACUGCAUCCGGUGUUCAGCCAUGACACCUUGAAUGAUACCAAGACAGGGAAUGUUACAGAGGCACCAAAUAAUUCACAUAAAGUGUUAACAGCCCUACACUCUCCAGACUGGAUUCAAAACAGUGACACCUUCAAUGGCAGUGGAAACAUUAAUGAUACACCCAUGACAAGUGAGGUAGCAUCACCUCACCCGGGCAGACCAGACACAUGGAUUGAAACCAGUACAAAGGAUGUUACAGAGACACCAAUUCACUUCUUUACAGAGCCAAAAUUAUCUCAUCAAGACGACAGCAGCAGCACCUUGAGUGAUACCAAGGGGGAAAAUGCUACAGAGGCACCAAUUAAAUCAUUAACAGCCUCCCCCUCUGUAGACCAGGCUCAAAAGAGAGAUGCCUUCAAUAACAGUGGAAGCAUUAUAGAUAAACCCAUGAAAAGUGACUCUUCAGAUCCACUCCAGACCAACAGCAAGAUCAAUGUGACAACCAAUGACAGAUGGACAAGAGCUGAGUGCAAUAUGAAAGCUAUUAAAUGUUCAGAGAAAACCACCAAAAUGCAAAGCACUUUUGGAGCCUGGAUGUCCGAUGCGUCCCCGCUGGACGACGGUCGAUACUGGCUGGCCGAGCACUUUUCAGGUCGACUUUUGGCAGAGCACAGGGACAUUUCGACACUUCAGAAUAAAAGCAACAAAAUGGUCGACGUCCUGAGGUUCUACCAGGGCUGCGGUCAUGCCGUCUACAAGAAGUCAUUGUACUUUCACAACGCAGGAACAAACAGACUUAUAAAAUUUGACCUGAACACCAGGAGAACAAACACCCUGAUCAUGGCCAACAGCAGAUAUCACAACCUGACGUAUCUUUUCCGCAACUCCAAGACCUAUUUCAAGUUUGCUGUGGAUGAAAAUGGACUGUGGGUCAUUUUUGCAGCAGAUACAGAUGAUAGCACGAUGGUUGCGAAGCUUAACCCUGACACGUUCUCCGUGGAGUCAGUCAUUAACACUCGCUACCCUACGACUAAAGCGGGAAAUGCUUUCAUUGUGUGCGGGGUGCUAUAUUUUACAGACGACAAAGACAGAAGAGUUACAUAUGCCUUUGAUUUAAGGACAGAGAGUCCUCAGGAUGCAAGUUUUGAUUUAAGGCCAGCUAAUGGCAUCUUGGCUAUGCUGUCAUAUUAUCCCAACAAAAAGCUUUUGUACAUGUGGGACAACAGCAGCGUGAAAACCUGCAAAGUUAAACUCAGAUUGACCUAAAACAACCACAGACCUUGUAAAAUGAGCAAUUAAAGUUUUUUUUU